ACGGCCCAUCUCGUUUUACUGCUCUGGGCCAAGGAAGCCUAAUUGUCCAUAACGCAUUAUAAAAACUCUUGCGCCUCAUGAGAUGUAGGGUUAGGGUUUUAUAUAGUUGCUGCGUCUCAUCAUCUCCAUCGUCUCAGACCCUCUGCCGGAGUUGCUGUCGUAUUCUAUCAGCAAUCAUGGGGAAGACACGAGGUAUGGGAGCUGCUCGCAAGUUGAAGACCCACCGCAGGAAUCAAAGGUGGGCUGACAAGGCAUACAAGAAGUCUCAUCUUGGGAAUGAAUGGAAGAAACCAUUUGCUGGCUCAUCCCAUGCUAAAGGCAUUGUCCUUGAGAAGAUUGGUAUUGAAGCCAAACAGCCAAACUCUGCUAUUCGAAAGUGUGCUAGGGUUCAACUUAUUAAGAAUGGGAAGAAGAUUGCUGCCUUCGUUCCAAAUGAUGGUUGCUUGAACUACAUUGAAGAAAACGAUGAGGUGUUGAUUGCUGGAUUUGGUAGAAAGGGUCAUGCCGUCGGAGAUAUUCCUGGGGUCAGGUUUAAGGUUGUGAAGGUUUCAGGUGUCUCCCUUUUGGCCUUGUUCAAGGAGAAGAAGGAAAAGCCAAGAUCUUAAUUUUGUGAACCCUAUUUCAGCCAUAUUAUGUUAUAUUGUUAAAUAGAUUGGAACUAGAUUUGCGUUGUUGUUUCCUUGUUAUGGAUUUGUCUUUCAUAUUUCCUUCACUGUUAACGAAUUUUGUCAUCUCUUCUAAUUUAAGAAAGUGAGGUUGAACCAUGUCUUGAAGUUAUCUCAUUUUAUGUUAUGGAGUUUAUUUAAUGGCAAUCCUUUGCUUAAUUCAUAAGAACUAG